AUGACACAGCACAUUAGCCAAUUGGAUAACGCACUUGCCACAAUUAACGCGUACAGUGAACAGCAAUCGCUCUUCCCGAUGACGACUUUUGACAAGCUUACUGGUGGAUACGACCAUAUUGCAUUAUACGAGCUACUCUUUUUCACGCGUCGCGUUGCAGCAAGCCGACUGAACCCAUCAUAUGAUAUCUCCAAUCUCGACAGCAAGGCCUUGCAUUGA